AUGGUGUACGUGGUGGUGGUGGUACCGGUGGUGGAAGACAGUGGAGGUGGCGAUGGUAGUGGCGGUGAAAGGCAGUGGAGGUGGACGUGGUGGAAAACGAUGGUGGUCGUAGAGGUCAGUGGUGGUGACGAUAAUGAUGGAGGUGGCAGCGUUAUUAGUGGAGGCAACGAUGGUGUGGUUGUGGUGGAAGGCGAUGACAGUGGUGGCAGUGGUAGCGGUAGAAGGCAGUACUGGUAUAGGUGGAAGGUGGCAUUGGUGAAAUACAUUUGCAAUGAUGGCAGCGGUAGUGGUGGUGGUAAUGGUAACGGUGGUAGUGGCAAUGAUGGUGGUGGAAGGCAAUGGAAGGGGCGGUGGUCGGCAGUGGUGGUGGAAAUCGGUGGUGGCAGUGAAAGGCACUGGAGGCGGAGGUAG